GUUUGUUUUCUGUCGUAAGAAUAAUAUCCAUUGCGCACCUGUGGAUUCGGGGGCUAUUUACCUACUCGUAGUUGCCAACCUCACCGAAUUCGCAAUAUUGGGUUGCGUAUGUUGGCCAAAAUGGUAUCAUGUUUCCGUUCUAGGCAGGCAUUCCCUUCCCUUCCCUAAUACCCGGGUUGUCAGUUUCCCCGAUAAUUCGGCUUGUACUUAACUAGAUGUUGGCUCCGGGCUUCUCUCAGUCGCUGACUUUCAUUUGAAGCAAGCACAUCAAAACUCGGAAUCGUCUCUUGAGUCUCAACUUUAGCGAAAAUAUUCGAAAUCUCACUUUGCCUCUUUCUCCAAUUUCUCCUGUUAAUCGGAAAUCGGACAGUUUUUAUUCGUGCAUUGUGGCGAAAACUUGUGGGAUUUUAUCCAAACAAGUUGAAUUUUUAGUGCGGUUUGAUUUGUACAAUUUAUGAAAAUUGCAAUGAAUAAGAACGGCGAGGGGAAAGGAGGCAGCAGCAGCAGGCUAAACGGCUCACGGGCAAAUAGUAAACUUCGGGUGGCAAUUUAUGGACAACAUGACGUUGGCAAAUCAGCAUUUACCGUGCGAUACUUGACGAAACGAUAUAUCGGAGAGUACAAGUCAAAUACAGAUUUGCUCUACCGUCAAACACUCGCCAUCAGCCACGGGAGCUCUCUCGACAUCGAAAUCGUCGACAUUUCCACAUCCUUCGUGGACGGGGCUGAAUGCAUCGAGCGUAAAACUUUCCCUCUCGAAGAACUCUAUCGAGCCGACGGAUUCAUCAUCGUCUAUUCCAUCACGGACCGAAGCUCAUUCGACACAGCGAUGCAAGCUCUCAGCGAUAUUCAAAAAAUCCACAAUAUUUACAAACCUCCGACAUCUGAAAAUGGCAAUUCGUCAUCGACUUCAGCUUCUUCAAAGUCCGGUCUCCCCGUUCACGUCACUCUCAUUGCCAACAAAUGUGACCUUGUCCAUGUCCGACAAGUAGAUCGACUUGAAGGGGUCGCUGCAGCUGAAAAGUUCGGGUGUCAAUUUUACGAGCUGUCCGUGGCGGAGAACUCGCCCGAAGUUUAUUCCAGUUUCCACUCGAUAAUCACUUCACUCAUCGCCACCAACGUUCCGCCGCCCAAGCGGAAAUUCUCCGUGAGCAAGAUGCUGGCCAGUCUGCGCCUCGGGAAGAAUUCGCCCUCCAACGCGAGCCCAGUCCCCAUCGCGCCCGCCUCCAUCGCGGACACCAACGUCGUCACCAACGACGCCGCCUCCUUCCCGAAUUCUCCAGCGGGGAGCAGAGAGGGCAGUCCGGGCGUGAGUGGGUCGUCGAAGGGGGCGAAGCAUGAGCGCCAAGGGUCGGGCGACUCGACGUCUUCGUUCACUUCCAGCAUUUGUCAGCUCAAAUCGAAGCUCGUGGUUUUCAAUUCCAUGAAAAAGAGGCAAAGCUCACCACCCAUUUGUUCCCUUUGAGCCACGUUGUACUCGUAAUUUGAAGCAUAAUGGUGAUGAUAUUGAUAUUGUUCUCAGUUCUAUUCCAAUUAGUAUUUGCACAAUGUGUACACAAUUUAUUUCGUCAUGUUGUCUGCACUCAUAAAUCUACAGAUAUAAUUUGAUACGUUAUUACCGUGUACCUUAAUUGCUACAUAAUGUAAAUACGUUAUUUUAUGUAUUUUAUGCUAAUGAUGAUGUAAAUGAGAGUGAAUGAGAGUGAAAUAAUGAGUGAAAAUUGAGACUUCCUCAAUUGUAACUGUGUCUGAGAUAGGUAAUCGAAGAGUGAAACGUACCUGGCUGAUUGGUAAAUACGAUAGUCUGUCUGAUUGGAUUUUCAUGCAUGUACCUCAAUAAUUUAAGGUGAUUUUAUGAGAGGAUGAGAUUUCUGACGAUAUAUUUUUUAUCAUAUUUUCUUUCAACAAUUUUUGUAAAGAGAUUUUUUUAUCGUUUAUGUAAAAUGAAAUUCAAAAUUUCUGAAAUUUUGAAAAUUGAAUCUCAGUCUGCCACUUUAAUUAGGAAAAAAGAAAUGUGUAAAACUAAAAUAGCUUAGCUUAGUUUCUUAAUUGUAGUCAAUCAAUUAGUCCAAUCAGUGUAUCCAAUUAUAAUUAAGAAGUGUUAGAUUUUAGUUAAUUAGAUGCAUACGUAAAAAAAUUGUAGCUUAAUUAGACAAAAAAUUAAGUGUGGAAAUUAAAACUAAAUCAUGAUCAAAUUCUUGCUGACAUGUUUGUAUUCUUAAAAAAAGUGAGUUUAAUAAAUGUUUCUCAAUG